AUGAAUUCGAUGAAGACAACUCGUGUGUUUCGACAACCAAAAGGCGUAGAAGAUGAGAAAGAGCUGCUGGAAAGCACUAUCCCUAAAUCGACUAGGGACUCAACGAAAUGGGCGUCAAUAAUAUUUCAUGAAUGGCAAAUGGGAAGACAAAAUCAAGACGCCAAAUUAGAACACUGCUCUUUUGCAUUUGAUUGCAAUAAAGUGCAGAAUUUAGAUACGAGCAUUACACAGAUAAAUGGAGAGACACUGAAUUUCUGGUUAGCAAAGUUUAUCCAGGAAGUAUGUAAACCAAAUGGUGAACGAUACCCUGGCAGAACCUUGUAUGCUAUUGCCUGCGGUCUAAACCGACAUUUGCAAGAAGAAUGUGAAGUACCAGUUCAAUUCUCGAUAAGAAUGAGACGGAGUAAACAUCGCCUUAUUCGUUCGUGUUAUGUAUUGCUUUUAUUUCAACUUUAUGUUUCGUCGCGUUCUUGAUGCCUAGAUGAAGGUGGCCUGCAAGGCUGGAGUAGAAAAGAAGAAUAAGAAGGCUGAACGCUCGGGAAGCAGUCACAGAGGAAGAGGAGAAAAUUAUGUGGAAGAAAAAUCUACUUGGAUGUCAAACAGCUAAGUCCCUCGUCCGUACUAUUGGCUUUUACAAUGGAAAGUUAUUUGGAAUACGGUCGAAAAGCACAGAAACCUAAGAGUGCAUAAUUUUCGUAUUGAUUGCAAUUCAGUCACGUAUGACGAAAGUUUUUCUAAAACAUAUCAUGGUGGGUUAAAAGAUUUGGAAUAGAACCCACGAGUCAUACAGCAUAUUUGUUGUCCAGGGAAGGAUGUUAAUCAUUUUCCUUGCAUUGUAAAUUGUUACUCUACCUAUAUAGAAAAAGUCAAGGAUUUGGCUAAAAGCAAUGAAGCAUUCUAUUUUAAACCGAAUAAUAAUAUGAGACUGUUGUCGAGUAUUACAAUUUGGUUUUGGGCAUUAAUAGUCUGAAUAAAAUUCUACUUGAUUUAUGCGAAAGUGCCGGCGUGAGUCGUAAGACGUCUCAUUGCUUAAGAGUAACUUGUGAAACUCGAUUGUUUCAGUCGGAGGUCGAAGAAAAGCUGUUUAGAGAACGUACCGGUCAUAGGUCGAACGCUUUGUUGGCGUAUGAAAAGGAGAGUUCUGAGCAAAAUCGUAAAGUUACUAAGAUCUUAGGCCCUCCUGAAGUGAUUGUCCAUGACGUAAUUGAGCUAGAGGACGACAUUCCUCAAUUAAAUUCAUUGAGAAACAGCGAUUCAGACCUGUUUGAUUUUGACGUUCCUGAUGAAAUUGUUGAAAUAUUAGCUACUAUGGGUUUGCCUGGGAAUAACGAAAUUACAGAAACUUCAACUAGUUCUGCAACGGGUUCUGGUGCAACGUUGUCAGGCGGUGUAUUUAAUAACUGUUCAGUUUACUUUGGAAAAAUGUAG